ACCACAUUUCUGUGUCAAUCAAAUGGGGGUGGGGGGUGGGUGUGUCAUGGUGUGUGGAAGAAAUCUUAAGUUGUGCAGACUACAGGUCAAGUACAGUAAACGUUACUAUUUGGGACAGUGGGUAAAGGGUAAAUGAUACGUUUGUCUACAUGAGACUUAGCUAAGACAGCUUGUCCUGGGAGGAAAAUGGAGAAAACUGAGACCAGUGGGUGGCAGUAUUACAUCAACUUCGAUGGUGUCGUCUCGUCUGUGAACCCCCGAAGAAGAAACAGCAGCAGACUGCUGGUUAGCUGCCUGGCCGGGUGGCUAUCAGUGCUAACAACUGUACUAUAACACGUGUCUGACUUUAUUCUUUUUUUUUUGACAGUGUAGCUGUAGCCAACUUAUUCUGCCACAAUGGGGAUAUUAGAGAAAAUCGCGGAAAUAGAGAAAGAAAUAGCUCGGACACAGAAAAACAAAGGUAAGAAAGGGAGAGUCUCGUGGCUAAGUGUUAGCUACCACUUAAACUUCUAGCCAGCUGUGUGUACGUGUGACACCCGUCAGUGUUGUGUUACUCUCAUCUCUCUGUAACUCGAGAGAAAACAGGCUUAGUGAGACUUGUGCUCUAUGUCAAUUACAGCCACAAUUUAAAGAACAUUUAUUUCAACUUAUUUGUUUCUAUUUUGUUUCUUCAGUGUUUAAUUUUGAAGUGCAAAGUAACUCCCAAAUGGUGCAGGUGCUGGUGUCACACUGAAAAUCAACCCCCGUUCAGUCCUUACCUUCAUUAUCUUUUAGUCAGACUUCCACUUUUGUUUUUCGUAAACCUUUAAACCUUCAGUAUGGAGUAUUUCUGUUGUCAUAUUUGUGAUUCAUUCAUUCCUCCAGCCACUGAGUACCAUCUGGGUUUGCUGAAAGCAAAGCUCGCCAAGUACAGAGCUCAGCUCCUGGAACCCUCCAAGUCAGCUGGGGCCAAAGGAGAAGGCUUCGAUGUCAUGAAAUCAGGAGAUGCUCGUGUUGCUCUCAUCGGUUUCCCCUCUGUGGGUAAGGUAAGUCAACAACAGACACUGGGUUUUGGUCUUGAGAUCUUUAAACAGACCUAUAAUGCUCAAAGGAAUACACUCAUCAUCCACAACAUAAGAUACUGGAACACCCUGAAGUCUAAAUCACUCCAGUCACAAACAAAGCAGUAAAUAUCUGUUGUUAUAAUAAUCAAUGUUUCAACAAAAACAGUAAAUAAAUAUUUAAACAAAUGACUUUUAAUGAUAUAGAACAAAUGAGUGUGACCCAGUAUUUUCAUCAUAAUUUAAGGACAAGUAUAAAUCAAAUCAUCAAAUCAAAUUUUAUUUAUAUAGCGCCAAUUCACAACAGUCGUCAUCCCAAGACGCUUUCCAAAGAAAAAGAGCAGGUAUAGACCACACUCAUUGUUUGAUGAAUUAUCAAGACCAAACCUUAAGAUGUGACAGAUUUGACCCAUGUCAUGUAACAUGAGUGACAGUGGCAAGUAGGAGAGAGGGCAGGGGGAGAGAAAGAGAACGAGGGAGAAGGAAGGAGAGAGAGAAUAACAAAGUUUAUUAGAGGACAUAGAGGGUCUGACAUCCUCAGGCAGAGAUUUCCAGAGCUGUGGUGGGGUAUGAACAGCCAAUGCUUGGUCACCUCUUGAUUCCAGUCAGGAUUUAGGAACCAUGAGAAGGGCCCUGCUGGAGGACCUCAGGCUCGUUGUGAGUUUGCAGCAAAGACACAGACUGGAGUCAUUGAAGGCUAUGAAAACACGCAGCAAAAUCUUAGAAUCAAUUCUAAAAAUCACAGGUGAAGCUCCUGUGAAGAGAUUUUAGCUGGUUAUGAAACAGCCUGACUAAGUUUUUUAGGACUAAGAAAUGUUGCUACCUGGUGCAUAUUGUAGUGUUGUCCUUAUUACACUAAUACAUGCUGCAAAAUGACAAAUCUGCAGACAGUAGUUCUUCUGCCUUAACGUCUCGGUCUGAUUGUAUUUCCAUGAAGAAACUCGGUGUUACGGUGUGUUUGACCCUAAAUUAAUUUUACGCCGAAAUAUCCCUUUAAGUGUUACGACUGAAUGGAAACACUGGUUAUUUACCAAAGUCAUUCAUACAUCGAACAGAUACAAAUUACAGACAUGACUUUCUAUCCACACUAAAAAAUACUGCAGUCCACAGGAAAAGAGAUGAAACAUAAUGAAAUGACUGAACCUGUCCUGAUCUGACUUCGUCCUCUGUUUUCCCUCACAGUCCACCUUCCUUAGUUUGAUGACAUCAACAGCCAGCGAAGCUGCUUCCUAUGAGUUCACCACCCUCACCUGCAUACCUGGUGUCAUAGAGGUAGACACACAAUCACAACAGUGCACUCAUGAAUGCAUGUACUUGUGGAUAUUGAGCAACAGUGUGUCACUUAUACUGUCAUUUGCUGCUCUUUAGUACAACGGGGCCAACAUCCAGCUCUUAGAUCUGCCGGGAAUCAUUGAGGGUGCUGCUCAAGGUAAGUGAGGUGUCAUGGUUUUGUUGAUUCAUGUAGACUGGAGUUGGUAGCAUAUCUCGUUUAGGAUUGAGGCAUUAUGGCGUAACUAUUAUUACUUCCUUUUAAACUCUCUCUCCCUCCCUUUGAUCCAUCUUAGGUAAGGGCAGGGGUCGUCAGGUCAUUGCGGUUGCCAGGACAGCAGACGUCGUCAUCAUGAUGUUGGAUGCUACUAAAGGAGAUGUUCAGAGGUUUGUUACAUAACCGUGUUUUUAGGAGUAUUUAGGAGUAUUUAAAUACACUAACUCAUGCCUUUACUUCCUUAUUUUAGAGAGCUUCUAGAAAAGGAGUUGGAAUCAGUCGGCAUCAGGCUCAACCGGAGAAAACCAAACAUUUAUUUCAAGGUAGGUUUUCUGUUUCAUUCUGAGUGGACCUUGAAUACCUGCGGCUAAUUUCAAAGAGAUGUAGUGCUUAGUUUUUGAAAUGACUAGCAGGAAGAAAAUUUAAUCUAAUGGUGGCAAUAAAUGACCUUCGUAUAUCUACCACUUUUGGAGUCUGUUUAACCUUAAACAGUUUGUCAGCUCCAGCAUGACCGCUUUGGUUGUUAUACUUCAUUUGUGAACAUAUGUACCUUCUCUCUCUCUGUAGCCAAAGAAAGGUGGCGGCCUCUCUUACAACUCCACAGUCCCUCUCACCCAGUGCUCAGAGAAACUCGUCCAGCUCAUUCUCCAUGAAUACAGUAUCCUUCACUAUUUAAAGGCACUGUCAGGAGUUUUUAAAUGGUUGAGAAACACAUAAGUUAAUUCAUGAAAGUCUGGUAAAUAUUUGAAUUAUUUAAUGUAUCAUAAUGAAGAUUUUUUUUCCUUUUAGUCCAUCGAUCAUUUAAUUUGACAUUUUUGAAUAUUUUGCAGCAGUAUUUUGUCGGCUUCUUUGACUCGCUCUCCUCAGAAAUCUUUAAUGCAGAGGUGCUCUUCAGGGAGGACAGCACGCCAGACGAGUUCAUCGAUGUCAUCGUUGGAAACAGAGUCUACAUGCCUUGUUUAUAUGUAAGUUUGGAUUAUUAUCAUUAUCCAACACAUCUGCAAAAAACUCAGGGGAAUCACUGUCUUUUGAGAUAGAAUGCUUUCGCCAACCUUUGUAAUUUUUUUUUUUUUGUAAAUUUGUUUGAGGUUAAUUCGUCUUUCUGUGGUGUUUACAGGUGUACAAUAAGGUAGAUCAGAUCUCCAUCGAGGAGGUGGACCGCCUGGCUCACAGACCGAACAGUGUCGUCAUCAGGUGAGAUGUUUGAGGGCUCAUGCGUGUGAAAACUUGUCUCUCAGUUGUUGCUGAAAAUAGCAGCUUCCUCAUUAUUCCGUCUCUGUGUUCAUUCCAGUUGUGGCAUGAAGCUGAACCUGGAUUACCUCCUGGAGACGUUGUGGGAAUACCUGGCUUUGAUUUGCAUUUAUACAAAGAAAAGAGGAGGUACGUGCGCACUUCCCAUGAGUCCUUUGACCUCACAUGAAUACAAAAAUGUUACAUCAAAGUUUAGCUGUUGUUUUUUUUCUUCUCCAGAACGACCGGACUUUAACGAUGCUAUCAUUAUGAGAAGAGGAGCAUCUGUAGAACAUGUGGUAAAGAAGCACUCAUUAAUUCACACAGUGUAGAAAACAACACUAGAGUAAUGAGACCCACAGAGUGUGUAAGUCUGCAAAUCACAUUUGUUUUUCUUCCUACAGUGCCAUCGAAUCCACAGAACCUUAGCCAGCCAGUUCAAAUACGCCCUUGUCUGGGUGAGUACGAUGAAUGAAUUGAGCUGAUCUUACUCUUUUUUGUUAACGCUCUUAAGAGGAUCUUUUCGUCAGAUAUGACUGAAAUUCAUCAUGAUGCCUUUUUUAACCUACUAAAGCCAACAAGACCAUUUGCAAAAAGUAUUCCUUUAUAGCUAUUUUUACUGCUGCAGGGUAGGCCUUAUGUUGCAUUCACCCAAAACAUGAAUUUUAAUCAUUUACUGGCUUAAUUUACGGGUAUCUAGACUUAACUGUUGUGUGUUUAGUACCAUUUAAGGAGAAAUUCCAGGUGAGAUCAUGUGAGAACCAAGCAGCAAAUGUUCUAGUUCAGUGGUUCUCUAGUCCAGUCCUCGAGGCCCACUGUCCUGCAUGUUUUGGAUGUUUCCCUGCUCCAGCACACCUGAUUCAAAUGACCAGCUCGUUAUUAAGCCAUUACAGAGCUUGAUAACGAGCUGAUCAUUUGAAUCAGGUGUGUUGGAGCAGAGAAACAUCCAAAACAUGCAGGACAGGGGGCCUCGAGGACUGAACUUGAGAACCACUGCUCUAGUGGAUUAUCUGGAGGAAGGGGUGCUAAUGUUUUCUGUUUCUACUUAAUUUUCCUAUUGAUAAAAAAAAGUGUGCCAUAGCUUGAAUUGUUAGCGUGUUAACAAAAUUUUGAACCUGAAAUAGCAGGAUAUAUGCACUAGCCUCUCACAGUAUAGUAUAUUUGUUUCACUCAUUUGUCAACGCUUCACUUGAAACAACAAGGAAAUACAUAAAAGGUCUGAAGCUUUGUUGUCUCUUUGUCUUCCAGGGAACCAGUACCAAGUACAGUCCUCAGCGAGUGGGUCUUACGCAUAUCAUGGAGCACGAAGAUGUCAUUCAGAUCGUAAAGAAGUAAAGCAAGUUUCUGACAGGACACAGAAAAAAAAAAACACAGCAGGGGCUGGCUCAGCAAAAAUGGAAUCAAAUCGACUGAACAGGAAUUAUACAACAAUGGAAAAGAGCAGCUGAUCUUUUUGUAUAUCAAAAUCAAAACACAUUAAAGACUAUAUCUGAGCUGGUUGUGGACAGGAAAUGUGUAUUUUAUCUUUAAAGAUUGAUUCUGAGAGUUAUGGGAGAGAAAAAAGUCUGAAUAAAGUCAGAUAAAUACACUUGUUUUGUUUCUGACAUUUUUAGGCUUGACUAAAUUUACUUUGACUGCAUGCCAGCUGGAUUAGACCGAGUCUAGUGAAAAUAAUUGACCAUAAACCCUGGACUUCUGUAUCUGCUAAGCUGCUGUUUUCUGAAAGUGAUAAAGCCAAGAUAUUGAGAAUAUUAGCUUAAAAUGUCAGAAUACUCAUGAUUAUGUUUAAGUGAAAUAAUAUAAAAACCCAUUAAAACUGAACUCAUUAUUAUAAACUGUUAUUCUCAUAGAGCCUUAUAGGUGUUCACUCACUACAAAAAUCAAAAUGUGAGCCUUUACACACCGUAAACAGUGCCCCAAAAAAGAGGGCAGGAACCUAGCUCAGUGGAAAAGCUCAGCUCUGGGUCUUAAAAUCAAUCAUUACAUUUGUAGGAUCCAAACCAGUGCUGGUACUGAGUCCGGGUUUUGAAUAAUCUAAAGUUGUCUAGACCAGGCUGUUAAAAUGCCAUAAACGACCACAGAGUAAACAAAUCUGGACAAGCGAA